AUGGCAGACAUGCUAGUAGAUGGAGCCGCUCACAACCAAAUGCUAUCUUUCAUGGACGGCAACGCAGGAAAAAUCCAACCCUUUUCUUCCCUGUUAAGAUUGAAGCAGGAACAGACAUUCAAAUGGGAAGAACUGCACCAACAGGCUUUCCAGGAAAUAAAGCAUUACCUCUCAAAUCCGCCAGUUCUGUCCCCACCAAAAAGGGGCAGACCCCUCAAGCUUUAUGUAUCUGCAUCAGAAGUAUCCAUUGGAAGUCUGCUAGUUCAAGAUAACAAAGAAGGGAAAGAACAGGCAGUCUACUAUCUAAGCAGAACAUUGACAGAAGUGGAAAGAAGACCUAAUCAAAUACAUGCUAACAAGACCAAUGCUGAGGGGCAGAAUUGGGAAAUGGACUUUGGCUUUGACAGAAUUCACCCUCAGUUAGAUUUCCAAUGCACCAACAACAGGGCCGAGUAUGAAGCUUUAAUUAUAGGGCUCAAGAUGUUGGUAGAAUUGGGAAUUCAAUCCGUGGAAAUCUUGGGAGAUUCCAUGCUUGUCCUAAAACAGAUUGCUGGAGAAUACAAGUGUCUAAAUCCUUCUCUGGCUGUAUAUCUGGUAGCAGCUAGAAAUCUGCUAACAGAAUUUAGAGAAGCUACUUGGGAACACAUCCCAAGGGAAGAAAACUUCGCAGCCAAUGAACUGGCUCAGGUAGCAUUAGGCAUACAAAUGCCUGAAGACUGCGUCCAGAGGAUCAUCAAGGUAGGAAGGAAAAGUCUACCGUCAGUUCUGACUAGAGGAAUGAAGAUAGAAGUCAAUUCUGCCUUGAUCACUAAAGACGAUUGGAGGGAGCCUAUCAUGACUUACUUGCAGUACCCCACUCUACCCUCUGAGAAAAGAGUCAGAAUCAUGGCUACAAACUAUCUCAUGUGGAAUGAAGAUUUGGUCCGAAAAAGUGAGGAUGAGGUGCUAUUAAGGUGCCUCGGAAAGACAGAAUAUAUGAAAGUCAUGGGAGAAACCCAUGAAGGGGAUUGCAUCAACUAUUCCAAGAGAUGUGAAGCUUGUCAAAGACACGGCCCAAUCCAGCGGGCUCCUUCAGUCCCCAUGAAUCCAGUAGUGAAACCAUGGCCUUUUAGGGGAUGGGCAAUGGAUCUCAUUGGCAAAAUCUAUCCAGCCAGCAGCCAGCAGCAUUGUUUUAUCAUUGUUGCUACAGACUAUUUCACCAAGUGGGUAGAAGCCAAGCCAAUCAAAACCACAACUUCUCAAGAGAUCAUCACCUUUAUAGAAGAACAGAUCAUACAGAGAUUCGGCAUUCCAGAAUCGAUCACAACUGAUAGGGGUUCUUCUUUCAUAUCUAGGGAUAUGCUAGAUAUGGCAGAAACAUUCAAAAAGAUGCUGGAGAAGAAUCCGAAGCAAUGGCAUGAGAAGUUGUCAGAAACUUUGUGGGCAUACAGAACUUCAAAAAGAGAAGCAACUGGCAUGACUCCCUAUGCUCUGACCUACGGCCAUGAUGCAAUUCUGCCCAUGGAGAUAGCAGUCCAGUCUCUUAGAAUUGCUCAUCAGCACGAUCUCAUAGGAGAAGAUUACUCUCAAGCCAUGCUACUUGAAUUAGAAGAAUUGGAUGCAAGCAGGAUUGACACCCUCAACAAACUCUUAGCAGGAAAACAGGCUGUGUCAAAGGCAUACAACAAAAGAGUCAGAGAUAAGAGUUUUGAAGAGGGGGAAAUAGUCUGGAAGGCAAUUCUGCCCCUUGGAGCGCACAUAGCUGGGUAUGGAAAAUGGUCACCUACGUGGGAAGGACCUUUUGUGAUUAACCAGAUCCUCGGAAUGGGGGCAUAUAGGUUGCAGGACAGAGAUGGAGUUAUUCACAACGCCCCAAUCAAUGGCAAGUGGUUAAAGAAAUUCUACCCAACCAUGUGGGAUUCACAAGCUGUACAGACAGAUCCCGGGAUAGAAGAGGAACAAGGCUGA